CGAUCUGACUCGCGAGGCCGUCUCGCUUAUAGUGCCGAGACCUCAUUCCAGGUGGCGAACAGCCGAAACCGUGUCACCAAGAUAUUCGUACGCGCCGCGCUGGAAGGUCGGAAAGUGGCCGCCGUGCGUGUAACCGCGUGAGAGUAGUACUCGAGGAGGAGUACGCGACGUAUCCGGGAGGCGAGUCCGUCGGGAUCCCGGGAUCAGCUCGCGAGUCCGUUCCGUUCGUCGAGCAGCGAUCAGUAUCAUCGGCGAUCGGCGUUGGUGAACAGGUGGGCUCGACUCGUUCCUCUCCGCCGUUUCCUCCCUCGUGUUCCUCCUCGUCCGCGUCGAGCGCGCGCGCGCGCGCGCGGAGCUCGCGGAACGGUGCGAAGCGCUCGCUCGGUGAUUUCGAUGCGCGGUACAGAAAUAAUCGGAAAUAAUCGAGGAGGACCGCGAGGAUACCAGGCGCGCGGUCGUUUACGUAGUGCUCGAGAUUCGUCGUUACCUGCGAUCUUCCAUCUAGUUGAAGAGGUAGUCGCGAUACCCAGGGCGAUACCGAGGAGGCGACGAGGAGCGAGAGAGAAAGAGACAUGCCUGGCAGUCACGGAAGUCAUCGAGACUGCUCGCGGACGACGCUGAGACGAGGAUUAUGAGGACGUCGCACGCAUCGAGAGCGAAACAUUGCGCCGUACGAGACUGCAGCGAGCGGUGAUCAGGACGAGGAGUUGGAGCACUUCGCGUGCGGGAAGAGAAUACCGGGGAUUCGGCAAGGUGGUCCCCUUCAAGGCGGCUAUCAUGUAUCGGCCGAACUUCUACGAGAGCACGUGUCUGAGAUGCGCCCAGACCGUCUACCAGGUCGACAGGGUGGGUCCCUUGAAGGACUUCACGUUUUUCCACGCGGGCUGCUUCAAGUGCGCGAUCUGCGGUACCAAGCUCACCCUGAAGACCUACUACAACAAUCAGCACACGAUCAACGAUAAGGAGGUGUACUGCAGCAGUCACGUGCCCAAGCCCGGGCCUGGGACUCUGGAUGGGUCCAGCGUGGGCAUCAGGAGCGCUCUUAACGUGCCCAGAAGUGGCUACGUUAACGAGCAAAUCAGGGCGGGAGGCGCAUCGCCGCGGGGCGUCUAUCCACCUUGUUACGAUAAUGUAGACUCGCCUAAUUAUGCCAGGCACCUGAACGGGCACGGCUCGCCGCCGGCGGCCAACUCGUCAUCCCAGCGCGAUGGCAUCCACGCCGGCGGUACCGGCGGCGGCGCCUCCUCGCCGUACAACAAUCACAUGUAUUCCGGGGACGGCAGCUAUCAGUACGGCAGAUUCGACGCGAGCGCCCUACACAUCGCCCAUGCGCUCAAGCAGACCGAGCUACAGAAGGGCUACAGCAAGGCCCGCGAGAAACCCAUCGAUUAUUAUCUGGAUCGCGAUGAGCAGACGCGUCUCGAGAUGAAGCAUCGAAAGGAAGAAGAUGAUUUAUACCGGAAAUUUGCGCAUCAUCGCGAGGAAGAGGACCGACGAAUUCGUGAGGAGUUCCGAGAUGAGUGGGAGAAGGAGCUGGAGCAAUUGUCGGCGAGAUGGGAACGGGAAAAAGGCGGAAGAGUUCGAACCCAACAAUUUCAGCAAGAGAAAGAAGACUUGGAGAAGAACAUGACUUUACGCAGGGACAAAAAGAAGGAAAGUCUCACGCGCAAGAUGCUGGAGCACGAACGGGCGGCAACCGCUGCGCUGGUGGAGAAACAGAGCUCAGAGAUGCUAGAGCUGAUCAAUGAGGCGAGAAGCGAGUACAUGCUACAAGAGAGUUUAUACCUUGACGAAGGAGACGGUUAUGCUGAGGAAGCACCGCCUCCACCUUAUCCAUCGCGCGCGCCACCCCCGCAGCCACCAGCCCUCGCCAAGUACCAUAUCUACAAUGAUCCCCUGGAGUUCGCCGACAUGGAUCAGAUAGCUAUUUCGGUAGCCCAAGAAGAUCAAAAAACGUUCACCGACUUAGUGCGACAGUUGGUGAGCAGAUGCGGUUCAGAUAUAGAAAAGGCGAGAACAAUAUUCCGAUGGAUCACCGUGAAAAAUCUGAACACUAUGCAAUUCGAUGAAAAUUUACGGGGUGACACUCCCAUGGGUCUGCUAAGGGGUAUCAAACAUGGCACGGAAAGUUACCACGUUCUAUUCAAACGAUUAUGCAGUUACGCGGGUCUGCACUGCGUGGUCAUCAAGGGUUACAGCAAGUCGGCGGGUUAUCAACCGGGCGUGUGCUUCGAGGACAACCGAUUCCGAAACAGCUGGAAUGCCGUGUACGUGGCAGGUGCAUGGCGAUUCGUCCAGUGUAAUUGGGGAGCGCGACACCUCGUUAAUGCCAAAGAGGUCCCCCGUCCCGGUCAAGCGAAAGCUAAAAACGACAGCCUCAGGUAUGAGUACGACGAUCAUUACUUCCUGACGGAUCCCCGAGAAUUCAUAUACGAAUUCUUCCCCCUGCAAGAGGAGUGGCAGUUGCUCAAACAACCGAUUUCGCUUAAGGACUUCGAGGAAUUGCCUUUCGUGCGGUCUCUAUUCUUCAGGUACGGCCUUUAUUUUCCGGAUACGAAUACAAAUGCCGUUAUGUAUACGGAUUCCACCGGUGCUGCGACCGUGAGGAUAGCAAUGCCGGCGCAUAUGCAAUCAUCCCUUAUCUUUCAUUACAAUCUUAAGUUUUAUGACAACGACGGCGAUGGCUACGACGGCGUGUCGCUCAAGCGAUUUGUCAUGCAGUCGGUUGUGGGGAAUAUAGUUGCGUUCCGAGUUCACGCACCAUGUUCCGGGGCUUUCCUCUUGGACAUAUUUGCCAAUGCGGUAACGCCGAAAGAAUACUUAACUGGCGAGCCGAUGAAGUUCAAGAGCGUUUGCAAAUUCAAAAUCGCGUGUGAAGAGCUGCAGACGGUGAUGGUACCACUGCCGGAUUGCGCCAGUGGAGAAUGGGGCCCUACAAAAGCUACCAGGCUAUUUGGACUUAUACCUAUCACUCAUCAGGAAGCUCUGGUGUUCGCCGGGCGCGAGCUGGAAAUUCAAUUUCGCAUGUCGAGGCCGUUGACGGACUUUAUGGCGACUCUGCAUAAGAACGGCAUCGAGGAGAAGCGCCUGUCCAAGUAUGUGACGCAUUCCAUCGCCGACGACGACGUGGUCACCUUUUCCAUAAGCUUCCCCGAGGAGGGCCAGUACGGCCUGGACGUCUACACCAGGGAAUCCGCCUCACCCGCCGCUCAGCAUGACGUCACCGGUGAGAAGCAUCUGCUCACGCACUGCUGCAAGUAUCUCAUCAAUUCCAGCAAGAGGAAUUGAGAGUGAACCUGAGAGCUCUCGAAUCACGAUUUCGGCUUCAUCUGAAAAUUACAAACGACGAUUCCUAGAAAAAUCAGGAUUCUAGUGCUCGUUAGGACGAGCGACGGCGCCAGUAACGAAUACAAUAUUUCUCCUACGUAAUGCUUCCGAAAAAUUGUUAAAAUCGGAAAAAAAAACAGAUUGAAAUAUUUGGCGAGCGUAACGAUUGCCGCUAUACUUGACAAUCGACUCGAGAGAGUUUCACUCGUUAUAGCGAGCUCAUCCUGUUCUUAGAAGAAAGAGCGCCUACAACAUUUUCGUCCUGGAAGGAUCGGCCAUUAAUGACAAAUUAUCGGCGCUUUAUCGAAUGAAAUACCGA